AUCUGAAAUUCCUUUACAAUGUGUCUACAGUUUUGACGAUUCGCCUUUGUUUCAUCGCAUUUGGCCUCGACUUGGAUAAAAGUGAUAAAAGCCCUGCAACCUGGGCCAACUGUAUUCAGUUGACCUACAGACUGUCACCAUGAAGCUGUUCUCUACCGUUCUGCUGUUGCUCACCGUCGGGACAUUUGGCCAUGCCCAGCAAACCGAUUACUGCGAUCCGGACUUGUGCGCGGGCGAAAAUGGUCCGCACAUCAUGUGCGACGGGCAGGACACCACUUCCAUGUCCGACGACUGCGGCUCGGGUGCCGUCGAGAGGCCGCUGGGCGCGGAGCACCGGGCCCUGAUUGUGGACAUGCACAACCGAAUUCGUAGCAAGGUGGCCAUGGGCCAGCAAAACUACACCCGCAGCAAAUACCUGCCGCAAGCGGUCCGGAUGGCAACAAUGCGCUGGGACGCUGAACUCGCAGCCAUGGCGGCGGCCAAUGCCCGCCGGUGUCAAAAUGAACACGACGCGUGUCAUAACACGAAGAAGUAUCCGACGUCAGGCCAAAAUCUGGCCACCCAGUCGUUCGAAGGCAAGAAGAUCCCGGACGAUACCGUGCUGAUCAAGGGCUUCAUCAACGACUGGUUCUCGGAGCACCGUUACGCCGAUCCGGCUUUAGUGGCGCGUUACCCGGAAAAUUAUGAUGGCCCCGACGUUGGCCACUUUACCCAGCUGGUGCGGGACCGCUGUACGGCCGUUGGAUGUGCCAUGGUCCGGUUCAAGGAUGCCAGCAAGUGGACCACCCAGUACAUGGUGUGCAACUAUGCCAUUACCCAGCUGGAGAACAAGCCGGUGUACGUGGCCGGAGCGGCCUGCUCGAAGUGCACCACCGGAUGCAAUUCCAAGUAUCCGGGACUGUGCAGCGUCGAGGAGAAAAUUCUGCCGAGGCCAUAGAGCGGAUUGUUCAUUUUUUUUAUGCAAUGACUGAUUAAACUUCAUGACAAAUAAGACGAAUGUUGGAUGAGACAUAAAAUAAAUUAUGUGAA